GCCCGAGGCAAUACCCCCGAGGCCGUUUGUCUCUCUCGGGCUCCCGUCUACCCGCCCCUCCCCUGCACCCCCAUUGGCCGCGGCCCCGGCCCGGGGCGGGGAGGAGGGAGCGAGUGGGCGGGGCCACAUGGCGUCAGCGCAAGAUGGCGGCCUCGGCGGCGCUGUUCCUGCGAUUGCGGGGCGGGCUCCGACAAGGUGCGCGGGGAUUGUGCACGAGGCUAGCGACGCCGCCGCCCCGGGCCCCGGACCAGGCUGCAGAGAUCGGGAGCCGAGCAGGAACUAAGGCCCAGGCCCAGGGGCCACAGCAGCAGAAGAGCUCGGAGGGUCCCAGCUAUGCCAAAAAAGUUGCACUCUGGCUUGCUGGGCUACUCGGGGCCGGUGGGACUGUGAGCAUCGUCUAUAUCUUCGGAAACAACUCUGUGGAUGAAAAUGGUGCCAAGAUUCCUGAUGAAUUCGACAAUGAUCCAAUUCUGGUACAGCAGUUGCGCCGGACAUACAAAUAUUUCAAAGAUUAUAGACAGAUGAUCAUCGAGCCCACCAGCCCCUGCCUUCUCCCAGAUCCUCUGCGGGAGCCGUACUACCAACCGCCGUACACACUGGUGUUGGAGCUCACUGGUGUCCUCUUGCACCCUGAGUGGUCGCUGGCCACUGGCUGGAGGUUUAAGAAGCGUCCGGGCAUCGAGACCUUAUUCCAGCAGCUCGCCCCUUUAUACGAAAUCGUCAUCUUUACGUCGGAGACUGGCAUGACUGCAUUUCCGCUCAUCGACAGCGUGGACCCCCACGGCUUCAUCUCCUACCGCCUAUUCCGGGAUGCCACGAGAUACAUGGAUGGACACCAUGUUAAGGACAUUUCGUGUCUAAAUCGGGACCCAGCCCGUGUAGUAGUCGUGGACUGCAAGAAGGAAGCCUUCCGCCUACAGCCCUACAAUGGCGUCGCCCUGCGGCCCUGGGAUGGCAACUCUGAUGACCGGGUCUUAUUGGACCUGUCUGCCUUCCUCAAGACCAUUGCCCUGAAUGGUGUGGAGGAUGUCCGAACCGUGCUGGAGCACUACGCCCUGGAGGAAGACCCGCUGGAGGCUUUCAAACAGCGGCAGAGCCGGCUGGAGCAGGAGGAACAGCAGCGCCUGGCCGAGCUCUCCAAAUCCAGCAAGCAGAACCUGUUCUUUGGCUCUCUCACCAGCCGCUUGUGGCCUCGCCCCAAACAGCCAUAACCUCUGGGCCUCCUCAAACUCAAUACCUGAGUUCUGGGCCCAUGGCCCAGUGCUCCAGACCACAGCUUGAGCAACCACACGUCAAUAAAGUCCAUCCCAGACGCCACACUCCUGUGUCCGGAGAGUCUCCAGACGGGGGCAUCGGGGUUAAGUGUGCGACUCUGGGCUCCUCGUCCCACGCUGGCUGAUCAGCUGCUGAGCACAGAGUGGGUGCUCUGGUGGAUCAGGGUUGGUUUUUAACCCUGUCCUGGGAAUCUGAAAACCUGGGUAGGGAUCUGCCCCGGCCGUGUGUUCCCAUGUGCCAUGUCUUCCCAUGUGCCAUGUGAUCUGCAAAAACACAUCUCCCUCUUUGGCCCCAGGUUCCCCAUCUGUAGAAAAGAGGAGAGAGGACGGCACUGUGGGGUUUAAAGACUGUAGCUGCCAGGCUGCUGAGCAAAUAUGUGAGGUGUGGGCUCCAGUGGAGCAGGGAUCACCCCAUCUCAGCUCUGCCAGCUGUGGCUCCCUGGGAAGGUGGGCACAGUUUUCAGCAGAAGACAGAAAUGGAGGUUUUUGUAUUAAAUCUGCCAGUUUUAAAAUGUUGGCUCUAAGUCAAGCAGCCAGACCGUAGCAGCGCUCUGCAGUGGAGCUUUCCACGAUGUUUACUCCAUGUUCUAUAUCUGGGCUAAUACAGCAGCCAGUGGCCACCUGGGGCCAUGGAGUACUCGAAAUGUGGUGAGGGUAACUGAGGGAUGGACUUUUUAAUUUUGUUUUAACUUUAACAAAUAUCUAAAUAACUGCAUGUGACUCCUGGCUCUUGCAUCGGACAGCACCAGUUGGGUAUUAAGAGUGUGAGUUCAGACUAUUGAAGUUCAGAUCCAAGCGCUACCACUUCCUGGCCUGUGUGAUCAAAAGCAAGUAGGCAAGUUCUUUCAGCCUUCAGUGCCUCAGUUUCCACAUCUAUAAAAUAAUAGUUCCUACCUCGUAGGCUAGGCUUGAGGGCUGAGUGAGGCACCCUGUGUAGGCACUCACGUGGUAGUGCUGUGAAUCUCGGGCAAGGCACCUUUCUGCCUCAGUUUCAUCAUCUCUAAAGUGGGCAUCUCUGUCUUAGGAGUGUGGUUGUGACAAGUAAAUGGAACAAUUCACAUUCAGGCUGUUUGCAUAUUCAGUGGGGCUGGUUACCAGGCCAUACUGGUUCUUCACAGACUGAAAUACCCUGUACCAUUUUGGCUGCAUCUCCUCCCACUGUCCCAGCCUCUCCUGCUCCAGACAGCGUUUAGUGCUAGUACCAGGUAUAGGUUUUAAACGACCUUUCCCUGGUAUUUGUUAUAAUAAAAUAAUUAAAAUGUA